GCUGAUGAUUAUGAUACGUUUCUUUUCCACAAGGAAAUUCAUUGGCGUCACUAACAACGUAAACACUCCUGACAAGAGAAAGAAAAGAAAGAAAGAAAGAAAAGAAAUAAAGAAGGGAAUCAUCGUGCAAAUUUGAGCAGCAGUCAUGGUGUGCAUCCCCUGCAUCGUUAUCCCUGUCCUCCUGUGGGUUUACAAACGCUUCCUGGAGCCCAUCGUUUAUCCCUUCAUCGCCCCAUUCAUCAACCGAUUCUGGACCAAAACGGCUGUGCAGGAGACGGGAACAAACAACACGAAAGGCAACCAAACGAACAACCAACCAACCAAAACUGAAUGCACUGGAAAUGCAAACGUGUGCACAGCCAACGGGACAACAGCCGUCUCAGAUAAAAAGAAGGACUGACACCGUAUGGACCAGUGUGAACAUCUAUCAUGUUUUUUUGCAGCGUACCAUAGAUACUUUGAAUGUAAAUCAUGUUAUGAUACAAGGUUAUGUAUAACAAGAUAACUUCACUCUCACUUAUCAUUUCCUUUCAUGGAAUAAUUGUAAUAUAAUUUAAUUUAAUAUAUUGAUUAGUUAUGUUACUUACUCUUCAUUCCCUGAAGACUUCAGACCAGAUUCAGAUGUUUAUUUGAUAUGUUUCCAGAAUGGUUUUGGACUUAGUUUGUAAAAGAGAAAUAAAUAUUUACAUUUCAAA